AUGAUGGCUGCACCGUACGAGAUCCGCACCGGCGGAGACGGAAAGAGCAAGAAGCAAAGCAUGGCAGAAUUGAAGCUCCGCCGGCUCACCGAGCUCAACCAGAGACUCCGAGAAGACCUGGACCGCCGCAGGAUACCAGUGUCGGAAGCCGCCCUCGAUCUCAUUGCGUUCACGGACAAGGAACCUAAGGACUGGAUGGUGCCAUCACGAUGGGGAACGAUCGAUAAGCGCGAUGACCCUUAUGCGCCACAACAAAGCAACGGCUGCUGCGCCGUCAUGUAG